UAACAAUUUUAGUUUACAUAUGACCAUUAUUAAAACUAUCUAAAUAAUUUCCCCGUACAGUGUUGUAUACAUUCGUAUAGGUGGGUUUGAAAGUUUCUAAUGACGCUUUGCGAACUUUGAACGAACACCUGCCAGGAUGGUGGACUGGGGCCUGCCCGGGACGACAGACUUCCUGUCCUCAUUUGGUCACUAUGGCAACCGUGAGGCUGCCUUUUCACACAGUCUACAUAAGAUGAAUGGCUACACAGAGGACGAGAGUAUAACUGUUCUCAACCAGGAGCUCACGGGGCUAGGUUUGGAGCCGGUGUCCAGGGAUGAAGUGACCGCCUCCCUUAUUGACCGGCUUGAGGAGGUAGUCAGGCUCUACCAAAGGUCAAACAGGAUCAAAGAAGAUUUGGAGAACAGACUGCACCAGUCAAGCUGUGAUGUGACGGAGCAACAGACCUGUAUUCGGCGUCUCCGUAGCGACAAGGAGCGCCUGGAGAAGGAACUUGCCCAGGAGGCUGAGAAAUCCCGGCAGGCCAAAAACAAGACUCGCUCGCUCACUGCCAUGCUCAAGACUGAGAAGGAUGAGUUGCGUCGUCUCCAGUCAGUGAUCAAGGAUCGUGACGGGCAGUUCAAGCAUGAGCUGAAGAAGAAGCAGAGGGAGGUUAACAAGCUAAUGGAACGGCUCCACCAGCUUCUUAUGGACAAAAACCCUGAUAGAAGAAUUGGUAUAGACAUGGUGGGGAAUCUACACAGGGGAGAUAACAAGCGCAGCACCUGGAAACACAAGGCCAACUCCAACAAACAUGAGGAGAUGUAUGCCAGCCUGAUCUCCCACUAUGAGGAAAAACACCAGGAUCUGCGUGUUGAGAACAGUGACCUACGUGACUGCCUGCUAGACAUGCAGAGAGAGUUGUCUACCCUGGCUGAGCAUUCGAGUGUGACGGGUCAGAACGGUCUGGCAGGGAGCACAGCUAGCAGUGAUGAGGAUCUCUCCACUGGCUCCUCACAGCUUGACAUUCAUGAUGACUGUUUUCAAAUGCCAUAUGAUGUCCUCCGUGAAAACCUUCAGAAGAGUUUUCAAGAGACAUGCAAGCGACUCAAAACAACCAUCAACAAGUGCUCAAGUCUCAACUCCUCUUGCGCAUCCACACUGCGUUCCAGCCCUUUGAAAGGUGGUGGGGUAAGUGGGAGUGUGCAGGAUGGGGAGCUGGACAAACUGAAGCAGCAGAUCAACAAGUACAAGGACAUUGUCAAACAACAGGAACAACUCAUACAGCAAUCCUUGUGUACCCAGUCCAAGUCAAUGGAGAACACAUUCCUACAGGAGUCCCAGAUCCUUCAGGAACGAGAGACAAUGUCAGAGCAGCGGAGAAAGUUCUACCAGGAGAAGGCAAACUUUGAGGAGGAGAGGAAAUCUGUAACAGAGUGUGCCAGGAAACUGCAGCAAGAGCGACAUCAGUUUGAGGAAGAAAAGGCGUGUAUGCUGCAGUCUCAUCUGUUCCAGGUUACCACAGGCAACAAGCAGUCUCCGUCCCAUAGACCAAAAGCUGACAAAUCCCGCCUGCUGCCAUCUACACCUGUUUUCUCGCCCGCCCCGGGAAAACCUGCAUCCCCUGCCUCGUCUGAUCUCAUACGCUACUUAUCCUCACCAAAGAAGAAAAGUCCGCUGAAGCCAGGAUUGUCCCUUGAUCAGCAGUCCAUGUCUAGCUGUGAUUCUGCCCAUGGCAGCAGCCGAAUAUCCACACCUUCUGCACCCGGGGAACUCAGGCAGACCUCAUAUGUCUCCUCCAAAGGCUCAUCCUUUGAAAAUACUGACUCAUUUUCAUCAAGGUCACCUACACACUCACCUUAUGAAAAUGCUGAGUCACUAAGGUCUGGGUCGGCUAAACGCUUGCCUUUUGAAAAUGCUGAGUCAUUAAGAUCAGGGUCAGCCAAGUGCUCAUUGUUUAAAGAUAAAAGUUCUGACAAGCUGACCUUGGAAGAGCUAGAGGAGAUCAAAAGGUCACUUCUAGCAGGAGGUCAUCAACGGAACCGGUCAGCCAGUACAGGAAGUGCCUCGAGCCUUGAUGGACAUUAGUCUUCAUGAAACUUGUCAUACGAAUGGGUUAGAAGUUAAACAUUUUCCUAGCUCAUAAUCUAAAGCACUGCCUACUAUAUCACUAGGUUAUAUCAAUAGGAUUAUUAUGUUGAAAUUAUCAAAGUAGUUUUUGGCCCCAACUUUUUGAAAAUGUAUUUAAUUUUGAUUGGCCAAAUAAAUUUCUGAAAGCUCAUUUAUAAAAUAGAAAAAGAUAAUCAUGAAGAUAAUUUCCUUUAAAAGUCACAGAACUCUUCAAAUCAGAAUAUUACAUGAAUACACCAAACCAAAAAUAGUGUGCUUAAUUGAAGGGAAUUGUCGUAAUUUAGGCCAGAUACUUCAAAGUUCAAUACAUUAUUCUAUUGACCAUGCUAAUAAUUAUUAUCAUGAUUCAAAAGUGUGUUCAUAAUUUUAAUUCUUUGGAAUUUGCAUAUUGUUUAUAAAAAAAAAAAAAAAAAUGUACACCAACAUUAAAAGACAUUUUGAUUAAUGUAUAUUAGAGGUGAUUUUCUGGAAUUUGUUUAAAAAAAACCUGCAGCUUAAGAUGCAGUUUGAGCUUUGUGACUUUAGUUAGAGUGAAUUGUAGUCCACUCACAUCUGUCCACUUUAUUUGAGAACAAAAGUUGUUAGAUGUUAUUUCAUGUGUUCAUUUGUGAUUGUAUUUUGCUGUUGUUUAUUUUAUGCCCACAGUUUUGUUCCUUUCGAUGGAUGAUAUUAUUUUUUCACUUUUUUAUCCAAUUGCUCUUCACGUUAUAUUUACUGCUGUUAUGGUAUGCAUUUUCACAAAUCUAUGCAUCAUUAUGUGUAUAUAAGUUUAUGAUAUUUAUUUCAUGAUUUAAUUUCAAUAUCCUUGUUUUCUUGUACUAAGUGUUUAUCAUCAGUCAUAUCAUAUUAAUAUAUUUUAAAGCUUUAUAAAGGGACUUUCUUUAAUACAUAUUUCAUGUUGCGAAAAUAUUUUUAAAACAUGUUCAAAUUUACUUUUUUCAUUUUUUUUUAUGAAUAAACACCAAAAAGUAACUGACAGAUACUUACUUGAUCAGACAUUUAUAAAUUUAAGCCAAAAUUCACCCAAUUUUCAAUAGCAUGACAGUAAUUAUCUUUUUUUGAAAACGAAGUACAGUCGAUCCCUGUUGGCUGGAACUCUCUUGGCUCAAAUUCCUCGUUGGCUCGAAGUAGAUGUUUGUUUAUCCUAAAGGUGAAAACCCCGUUUGGCUCAAUAUUUUUGAGGCUCGACGUAUUUUCGCUGGUUCCUGGGAGUUUGAGGCAACAGGGUUUGUCUGUACUUUCUGUCAUACAUUGUAUUUUCAAAUAUCUAUGAACAGAAGAACUCUUGUAUGAACUGCUAAUGACAGCAUACUGUUUAACAAGCAGUUUGUUCAUAUUUUAAAAACAACAACAUUUUUUUGAAUAGUAGGUAGUACUAGUUACCUAUCCAUAUCUGUAUGAUAAUUUAUAGGGCUCUUUGUUAAUUAUCAACACAAUGAGUUGAGUUUUUUGACACUUUACCAUGUAUUUUGUGAGAAACAAAAUACAUAAUGUUGUCUUUAUUAUUUGAUCAAAUUGAAUCAAAGACUGGAAAAGAAAUUAGAUAGGUUCCAAAUCACUACCGGUACUUGUAUGUGUAAGUGUGGACUACUUUAAUGUGUAAGUGUGGACUACUUUUAUGUGUAAGUGUUGACUACUAUUUAAGUGCUACAUCAUCAAGGUGCAUGUAUAUGUAAUUUAUAAGUUUAAAGCAUCCAGCUGAUAUCGAGGAAAUAUGUAAAAUUUAUUCAUGAUUCCCAUCAGGACCAUGGAGAGUAUGUUUACACAUGGCCACACCUCAAGAUGUGUGAAAGGGAAACUUUUCUAUAUGCUACUUUAUUUUCUGUCACUUUAGAAUUUCCUCUAUAUGUAAGGGCAGCUCACUAGGAGCAUGUUUUUGUGAGAGUGUUGGGAAGUUCUACAUGAUUAAGGAAAGAUUUGCAAACAUGAGCAAGGACAUUGCAGCUUUGUACGGUAGCUACACAUACAUGAACAAGGACAUUGUUAUCAUGUCAUAACUCAUUGGACAUUGGAAAAGAAAGCACAUAGGUUAUGCUGCAUUUUGAUGGUAUUAAAAAAAUGAUUAUGCAUUUCAAAAUCAGGAAAUUUUCAUGAAAAAUAUCAUCAUGGAAAUAAUAUUGUUUUCCAUAUGAUGUUCUCUUUUUCAGCACUUGAUGCAUGAAGUUAAAGGAUAUUUAAAAUUAAUGCUGUGAUACAUGGGGAAUAACUGCUGAAGUCUCUUGGAGAAAGAUCUUCCAUUCUUUAAGAUCAUUAUUGUCAACUUACAUAAUAAGUUUUCAUGAUCAGAUGUAUGCAAUUAAUGUGAUAUUGCCAUGCCAACAUGCCUUAUUUAUUUACAAGUUUAUUGUACAAUUAAUUUCCCUGUAAUGAAAUGAACAUAUUGUUUAAUCUUUAUGUCUUGUUGCGGUACCUUGACACUUGCAUACCGUAAACCAGCUAAUUGGUGAUAUCUCUAUGCAUAUAUUUUUUGUCUCCAUGGAGUAAUUUUCUUAAGAAUAAUCACUUUUAUGGUGCAAAUAAAAUGUGACAUCAUUAAGACUAGGAAUAUCAAACUAAUGAGACAAAAAGCAUAAUGAUUUUUGUUGUUGUACCUACUCAAAAUGUAAGUCCAAUUCUUGAUGCAAAUAGCUAGAAUAUAUUUUAACAUUGCUUGUUUAUAAAUGAAAAGUUAGCAAGUAGUGAAUUUGUUGUAUCAUAUUUGUCUAAAACAUUCCAUACUUAUUGCCAGAGAUUCUGCCUUAU